UAGGAUAAGACACUUUUAUUUUUCUUCUUUAGGACAGCUUUUUGCUCCAAUUUAUUUCCUGCAUAAUCAACUUUCGCUUUCUACAGGUAACGAAAGUAAUCUCCUAAAAUUCAUGAGAAAAUUUGGCAAUCAUUAUUGGCGACCUGACUGUGAGAAUGUUUUUUUCCUCGGGAAUUGGUAACCUCAUUUUUGAACGAUAGCGAACAAAAUCAUUUUCGUCCACCCUUAAUGUUGUUUGUUUUUAAACACGAUUUAUUCUAUUCUUUUCUACAGUGAAGUAAUCGAUUUUGACGGCCGACCAUUAAUGGUACGCUCAACAUGAAAAUAGUACACAACAUUUGGGUUUUUUCUCUUCUGUGUUGUUUAGUAAAUGCAAAGAAGCAUUACCGCUCGGAUCCCCUCACUCAGACGUUGCAUUAUGACGACGAUGAACCGUCUUCCUCAAAAAAUAACUCUCCGUACCCUCAAAUAACAGAUUCUAAUCCAAGCUCUUACCGACAUCCCGUCGAAUUGCCUAAAAGUCACCAAUACACAAUACCUACCGCUCCUGUUUAUAGACACACUCAUUACCAACAGCAACCAAAUCCUUAUGGUUACUACACUUCUCCUCGAGCAGCAUCUUAUGAUUCCUAUCCAAAGAUAGAAGCACCAGAAGUUGAGUCAAAGUACCCAAUACCACAGCCUGUUCCACGGGAAUACCACAGUGAGGAAGUUAAAGAUCAGGAUUACAAGAAACCAGAGAAGAAAUUUAACGAAAUAAGUUCAGAAGAACCAGAAGAGCUUGAGUAUAGUCAUGGCUCAGAGGAACACGGUCAAAGCCAGGAGCAUUCUGCACCACUUCCAGCACAAAAACACAGUCAUGAUGAUGAUAAGCAUAUUCAAUAUCCAGCGCAUAAAUACGGUCAUGAUGAUGAUAAGCAUACUCAAUAUCCAAUGCAUAAAUACGAUCAUGAUGAUGAUAAGCAUGCUCAGUACUCAGCUCCAGCAGCAUCUCCAUAUCCCCCUCCAAAGCGUGAUCCAAAACUUCCUUUGUAUUUUACCAUGUAUGAAAAACGUAUCAUACAAGAUCCAAUGGAUAAAUAUGGUAAAGGCCCAUGGAGGUACUUGACUUAUGGGCAUGGUAUUACGUAUGGUAGUAAGGAACCUGGUAAAGUUUUUGAAAGAGGUUAUGGAUACAUCAGAGCUUUAGGUAGAGAUCAUUGCAAACUUCCUGAUAAUUUAUGCCCAAAAAGAGAUGAAAAACCUUUUGAAUAUGACGGAAGAAAAGAGCCAUAUUUUGGAUACAGACCGCAUUAAACCCUGAUGAUGAAAAAAAUAAUAAUUCUUGAUGCCAAAUUCAAUUCCUAUAGAAAUGUGAUGUUGUGAAAAUAUUUGUGUUACUUUUUUCUUCUUUUUAUUAACUUUUAUAUAAUGAAUAAGUAGUUUCUUAGAAACUCUCACGUAUUUAUCACUAGUGCAGAAGAUGACACCACAUGUACUAUCUGGGUAGCACAAAAAAAAUGUGACUGUUGGCUUGAAAAUUUUUAAUACUUUUACAAGCCUUUCUUAUGUCAAUUGUAUCGUUUUUAAUCAAACUUUAAAUGAACUACUUACUUUCAAUGCCUUCAGUAAACUCAAUUUAUACUUACUAUACAACAGUAACAUAUUUAAAAAAACAUUUAUCAUUUUGCUCUUUUAAUUCAGUGCUUAUGCACGACGUUGAAAACGUAUACUCUGAAAUCUUGACUAGAAAAUGUAAUUUGGUUAUUUUGAAUCAUUUUUAUGGCUAAUUAAAACUUAAACUUUCGUAUCAGUUAGGAAAUUAAAAUAUUGCUUAUUUACAUUCUCCGGCAUACCUUUGAUGAGCUUUGCUUAGUAUUUUUGUUAAUUUGAUGAAAAUAGCGUGUAUCUUCUGUAUGUUUGCCAUGUGUCACGUGAGGUGUAAAUGUUUCCUCUGUAUGUUUCUGUAUAGCAGCGAUGAUAUACAACUCUAUACUCAAUUUUUUUCGACUGUUUCAUUAUUAUUGUUAUUUCUAUUUUUGUUUACCUUUCUAAAAGCAUUGUUCAAUUA